UUUAAGCUGUUUUUGAUUUUUUUCAGUUUUUUAUUUCAUAACACUUGCUGUAUCAACUGCUGGUGUAAGAUGGCGCUGAAAAUAUCCGAUACUUUACUUUAACCUUUAUUACCUUUUUUCAUAAACAUCUUUUUUUCUGGUUUAAUAAUUUUUUGGUACAUGCUUAAUUUUUCUAUUGCUUCUAUUCUGAUUGUUGUACCAUAACUGUAUUUGGAACAGUUUAACCAUAAUGCCUGUUUUACUAAAAGAAUUGUGUGACUCUGUCAUCAAUUCUCUUGAAUCUCCGUCAGACGAGUUUCAAGACAAUAUUAGGGAAGUUUUUUGUAAGAUGGACGAAAUUUAUAAGAUGGUUAAAGAUGAUCCUAAGCGAGUUGAAAAAUAUUGUGAGGAAUGUCGUCAUAUACUUGUCGUUCUUCGUCUUUUCCCGCUCGAGUUUAAACUUGCCAUGGAUACAUUGUACAAAAAAACGUUGUGUGGAUUUCUCAGUAUAUACCUCGAUUUCAAGAUGAUUCUUUAUAAAACUGUAAAAAAUCAACAGGAACAUUUCGACAAUACAAUCAGAGAAAUUUUUCUCCUGCUGGGUGACGAAGAAAGGACAUGCAUCUGGAAUGUUGUCGUAACAUCGCAUAUUAUAAAUGAAGUUGACAUUUUAAAGAUACUCGCCGAACGCUUUAUUGAGGAGACUAAGAAAGAUAAAUUUAACAAUGAUGAAUAUAUUCGAAUGAUCUGGGUGUUGCAUGUGUUCUUCUCGCAAUGUAAAAAGGCUGGUAUAAAAGAUGGUGUUGCUAAAGUAUUAGAAAUAGCAUUAAGGCUUAAAUAUCCUCCUGGGUUGUGCAAAUGGAUGUGUCAUCAUUAUCCUGGAUUUGGCUGGAAAGGAUUAUCCGAUGAGAGUGUUCAUGAAACUUUGGUCUCAGAAAAACAACCCAAAUCUUUUUUCAAAGCAGUUUAUCAUGCUAUUGCCAAAGAUGAUACCCUUAAAUUCCAAUUAGAGGAAAUCACUCGAAAUGGUGCUCAAGGAGAAGACUCAUCAUCACAGAGCUCAGAAUCAGUUAAUAAAAAGAUUCAAAAUUUAACUCAAGCGAAAGAAUCUGACACUUCGAAGAAAUCACGGGUAGAUGCAGUCAAGGCUGAUAAAAGCGGAAAAAAGGACGACAAAAAGAAAGUUGUGGAAGAAGAACCUCCUAAAGAGAAAGAAUCUGGGGAUUUAGGCUCGGCAAACAAAAAAGACCUUAAAACUGCUUCGAGUAAAGAUAAGAAACAGGAUUCUGAUGCUAAGUCAACGAAAACUCUUGGACCCGGUAGGACCAAACCCACUAGUGCAACUUCGUUCUUAGAUGAUGAUUGUGAUGAAGAUGUCGAUGAUGAAGAUACUUUAGAUGCUAAUAUUGCCGAUGAUCGAAGCAAUGAAAAUGAUAAAAAUAUGAAUGAUAAAUCUAAUAUUCAAACCGAUGAUGAAUCAGUUAAAGCUAAGAAAGUUAAAAGUACAAAAAAGAAAGGAAAAUUUGUCGAAGAUUCAAGUGACGAAGAGUCUGAAAGUAGCAGUCUCCCAGAAAAGAAAUCGCUUCGUUCAAAACAAACUAGAAACAAAAGUCCAAAAGCUACCAGUGAUUCUGAAACUGAUAUCAAUGAAGAAUUGCCGGAAAAGCCGCUCACAAAGUCCGUCAAAAGAAAAUCCGGAGAUGAUUCAGACAGUGAUCAGACGAUCAAUGGCGAUGAAUCUGCAGUUGAAACAAAAAUCGAUGAACGUGGUGAUCAUGAUGAAGAUACCAAUGAUAGUACGAUUUCAUCCGGACGAAAAAUCUCACUCAAGAAUAAACCUCGAACAAAGAAGGUAGUAAAGAAAAUCAGAAUCGAUAACUCUCCAGAAACGACAAUCGAACCGUGUGCAGAGGAUAUUGAAACCAUUUCCGACGACCAAAAACUCAUUGACGAAUACAUGAAAGGUCCAUUCGCUUGGGUUUUUGAGAAAUUUGAAGAAGAUAAAGUAUAUAAAGGCGAACCUUACAUAUACUUGGAAAACAUUUCCCAGAUUGUUCCCAAAUAUGAGCAGGAAGCAACCUUAGCCGAUAUUUUGCACACCAAUAACCAAAGAGCUAAGCAGAAAAAAGUGGUUAAAAAGAAGACUAGAAAAGGUUACCGUUAAUUGUUUAUUCCUUUUUCAAUGUAAUCUAGUUUUCUUUUGCUACUCAAAAUUGUUUAUAACUUUUCCAUUAUCCAGUUUACCUGUCAUCCCUUGAAAUCAGUUAAAUCAUUAACUAUUCAUUAAUUCUAUCAUUUAACAUCCUCAUUGCCACUUCCAUUCUUGUCAUCUUCCAUCCAUCUACCCAUCACCAAAUCGCCAAAAGACAUGCAAAAUUACAGUCUGCUUGAUCUGUAAUAAACUAAAUUUUAUUGGUUUUUUGAGCUUUUGGCCUAUCAGAUCAAAUAACGAAAGUGACCUCUAUUAAGAUUUUUUUGUACGGUAUUAUAAGAAAAGUUGACUCGAUUAUUUUAAAUAUUUCAUUGUUUCAUUGUUUGGCGAUUGGAUCACACCAUUCCCAUUCUCUCGUUCCACAAUAAAUUCAUCUAAUUUGACUCAACGCAAAUAAUGAAACUGUCUUGUAUUUAUCAUAAUUUGUUAUCAUUUAUUUGAUUGGAUCUCUUUGUAUCAAAAAUUUGCAAAUUAACAAGCUUAAUUUUUUCUUGAAUCUCA